UCUAAACUCGCCUACAAGAUGGACUCCUCGCGGUCACAAGGCGCUAUGGUUGACCCCAUGCACGCAUACCGCGCUAAGCGAGACCGCGAGCGCCGCACAGUCCUCAAGGCCUACAAGAUUCUCGGAUUUAUCUCCUCAGGGACGUAUGGGCGAGUGUACAAAGCAGUGCUCCUCGCACCUCCGAAGCUGAACGGGAAAAGCGCUCUGCCGAGCUCCGCCCGAGCUGCUCUCGGAGUUGCCAAGUCACCAUCACCCUUCAUCUCUGACGACCCUUUGAACAACCCCGAGCUCUGUAUGCGCCCAGGAGAUCUCCCCGCGAAAGAGGGUGAUGUCUUCGCCAUCAAGAAGUUCAAGCCUGACAAAGAGGGCGACCAACAGACUUACGCCGGUAUUUCACAGAGUGGUGCGCGGGAGAUCAUGCUUAACCGCGAGCUGCACCAUCGCAACCUCGUCGCCUUGCGCGAAGUCAUUUUGGAAGACAAGGCGAUUUACAUGGUCUUCGAGUAUGCCGAGCAUGACUUCUUGCAAAUCAUUCAUCAUCACUCACAGACACUUCGCACAGCGAUCCCGCCCACCACCCUCCGGCGCUUGCUCCACCAGCUGCUCGCAGGUCUGCACUUCCUGCACUCGCAAUUCGUCAUGCACCGCGAUCUGAAGCCGGCGAACAUCCUCGUCACCAACUCGGGUGUCGUCAAGAUUGGAGACUUGGGGUUAGCGCGAUUAUGGCACAAGCCACUGGCCCAAGGCGGUCUGUAUGGCGGAGACAAGGUGGUUGUAACGAUAUGGUACCGUGCUCCCGAGCUCAUUCUCGGCUCCAAACACUACACUGCCGCUGUUGAUCUCUGGGCCGUGGGGUGCAUCUAUGCCGAGCUACUGUCGCUCCGACCCAUUUUCAAGGGCGAGGAGGCGAAGCUGGACAGCAAGAAGACGCUGCCCUUUCAGCGUGACCAGAUGGCCAAGAUUUGUGACGUUCUUGAUGCAGUCAAGCCGGAGCAUUGGCCAGGUGUGGUCAAUAUGCCCGAGUGGAAGACAUACUUGGCUCAAGGGCCUUACCCGACCGCCUCGCCACUACCUACUUGGUAUGCGAACCGAUCUGGCUCUAGUCACGGCUUCGACUUGCUCACGAAGCUGUUCGAGUGGGAUCCCGCUCAGCGCAUUACGGCACGCGAAGCACUCUCUCAUCCAUGGUUUCAAGAGGAGGGUGGGUGCAACUUUGAGAGCGUUUUCGAAGGCGCCAACGUCAACUAUCCGCAUCGUCGCGUCACACACGAAGACAACGGCGACCCAAAGAUGGGCUCAUUACCUCCCUCGCUCGCUGGUGGCCGCCUGCCCAGUAGUAGUAACUUUCGCCCAGCCACUGGCUCUCUACCUCCAGCCAAGCGCACGCGUCUUGCGCGCUAGUGUCAGCAUUAUGUUGUAGCCUAUGCAUUGUUGUUACAUUC